UCCAGGCCACUUAGUUGGUGAAUUCCAUUGUAACAGUUUAUGUCCAUAAUAUAUGUCGCCUGUAUAUCUCCUAAUCACCCCCUAAUUAGAGUUAGCGCCUGACUGAUCCAAAUGUCAUUUUAAUACGUUUCAGAAACAAGAAAUGUUCUUGCGAUUUAUUGUGACUAUUAUUAUUUUCACAGGAAUAAGUCCACUAUUGGUGCUUGGGGAUUGUAAUUUGAUUGAAAUUCCGAAUGGGAGAUCAAGUUUUCGAAUGAAAGGCAGAGCAAUAUUGUUUACUUGUAAUGACGGAUUCGUCCUAUACGGGGAACCUUACGACAACUGUAAGAAUGGUUUCUGGAGCAGACCGCCACCAAGGUGUGUGGCUCCUGGAUGUCCACUGAUACAAAAUAUUACCAACGGUGACGUCAGAAGAUCGCACACUGGGUCCGUGAUAGAGGUCACGUGUAACAAUGGAAUGACCAUACAAGGAGAGGCCCUUCUAACAUGUGAUGGACAAAAUUGGAGCUCAUCUAUUCCAAAAUGUCUAGAACCGUCUGAAGUAGAUAGCUGUGAUUUUGAAUCCAGUAAAUUUUGUGGGUGGAGUCAGGACCAAACAGAUGAUUUUGAUUGGACACAUCACAGUGGGAAUACAUCAACAGGAAAAACUGGACCAACCACAGAUCACACCCUAGGACCGAAUUAUACGACAGGUCACUAUAUUUAUAUCGAGGCAUCCACCCCUAGACAUCCGGGUGACGUCGCUCGUUUAUUAUCCCCAUGGUAUCCCAUUGACCGCAGCAAUCGAUGCUUUAGAUUUUGGUACCAUAUGAACGGUCCUAAUCAGCUGAAUGCUGUGGGUACACUAAAGGUCUUGCUUCGAACCGGAAGCGGAAACAACUUUAGCGAAAAGGUCUUAUUCACAAUGUCCGGAAACCAAGGAGGGGACUGGAAAUGUGGACACUUCAAAAUUCCGAUUUGUACAGAAAGGUUUCAGAUUGUGUUGGAAGCAAUACGCCAGGACAGUUAUAUGAGUGAUAUUGCAGUGGAUGACUGGCUUAUGUUUCCUUGCAAGCCACCGGAUCUGUCUAUUCCUGAUCCAGCAGCACAGUCAGCAAGGCUUACAAUCAGUGAAGGAAUAUCAUCGCCUUUAUCACUUGUUACCACAGAGGGCGUAGACACCUCAACACAGAUGUCUACAACGCCACCUACCGUUAAGAACACGACAGAAAUACUCACCAGAGAUGACACAUCCACUAUUAUAACUACUGUAGAGGACUCAGAUACUAUCACGGGUACUUAUGCCAGUGAUUCAUCAACCACUUCAAAGCAAUCUUACCACACAGAGUUAAUUAAAACCCGAGAAGACAAUUAUACGUCGUCGAUCAUUCUGAGCACACUUAGUAGUAAUUCCAGUACAGAAAAUCUAAAUAGGAAGUCAUUCUUUAGCAGCAUUGUCAUAACAUCACCGGAAGUCCCUCUGUCCAGUUCCAGGAACAAGUUAAUAAGAACCACAGAAAUAUCACAGACAGAAAAAUACUUCAAAAAUCUUACAAAUACUGAAUCAAGUACCAGCACUCUUUCGGAGGGACCAUCAUCUACAACUCAGAGAUCAUUGCUAUUUAAUUUAACUCAUAAAAAACAAAAACCUCUCAUUAUGUUUACUGCAGAAGCCAUUGUGAAUAUGUGUAUAGGGCUGGUUGUCCUUUGUCUCUUUACAGUAAUACUUGUUAUAAUGGGGUGUAUCUGCAGGAGACAGCAAAAAAUCUACAAUGACAAAUACCAGGAACUAAAGCUGUUUGUAGAAACACAUUAUAGAACUAAAUAUAUAACAGUGUAAGAUUGUAUUUUUUUUUACAUUAAAAUUGAAAAUUA